CACAGGGAAAGAGAGAACGGGCGAGAGAUACAGUAACAUCUCGCUUCGCUGAAAGGAUAACCUCCUAUUUGCUCAUUCCAGUUACACACGCUCUCUCGCUCUCUCUCUCUCUCUCUCUCGUGCCUUUUCAGUCCAACGCACACAAGCUUCCGAUGUUCAAGGGGGCAGAAGGCAUUCCGUGGAUUCAGGGUAUCCAGUGAAGAGAAAGAGAAGCGGAGAUGGAGCCUCUAAAGACACUGGGAAGGAUGCAAAGAAAUGCCAGGUUUUCUUAAAGAAGGAGAUGCUCAAGGAAAGGUGGAGGGAGCAAAUGGGGGGAAUAGAAAGCAAAGAAAAUGAGAUAGAAGAGGAGACACUGGGGUGAGUGGACAAGAUCAGCAGUGAAAGUACUGAGACAUGUGAGAGAGCCCUGACCUCUUCUGUUCACUUGCUGGGGGGACUCAUCCCCGCUCCACCUUCCAGUCCAGCUCAAGCCAGGACAGGAGACAAGACUAGAAAAGAGGCGAGAAAAGGGACUCUGUCAUUUUCAUCCCUUAUUCAGGUUCAGCGGGCAGCUGACGGCUUACUAUCAUUUUCUGGGAGACGAAGCCAUAAGAAUGGAGAAAUAGAAGUGAAGGAAGAAGAGGAAGCAAGAAGACGUAGCUAGCAGAAUGAUGCAUUGUGGGAAAACGCAUGGCUGUGCGAUACAUGUUCACACGUUCUGCUCUCGGUACAAUACAAGGUAGCCAAAUGAAUGGAAUCAUGGUGGUCAGAAUUUGUUUAUCUCAAGUGCUUUUACAUAAAACUCAGAGAAUGGCUACAUAAUUGUCUUUUUUCAUGUUCAUAAGAACCAUGAAUGAAAUCUAUGGAACUAUAUCGCAGAUGAAUUUGGCUGAGAACAAAUAAAUGUAAACAGAGGAAAUAUUUAAAUAAUUAAUAUGCUUCUUCAUCUUUGGCUGUUGAAUUAUCUCAUCACCGGCAAAGCUAUUCACUUUAGCUCUAUGUCACAGUGCUGUGUUUUAGACAGUAGAGCAUAGAGAUAUGGUCAGCAAGGAGCCAAGUCAUCUGCCAACCACCAAUAGCAGCAGCAGCAACAACAACCUGGAGAAAGUGGUGACCGUGCGCUCUGUCCUGCUGAACCGUGACUCUCCGGACAUCGAGACGCGGCUCAAACGCCGGCGGAACCGCACCCAGCAGGUUCGCUUCAAAGAUCUCGAAGAUGGGGGGCCUGAAUGCUCAGGGAGAUGCUGGUCCCUGGCGGAGCGGGGCAGUCCACACCCUAACCGCAGAUGCCCUGUCGUUGUCUCCUUAUCUCCCAGUAAGGAGCGAUGUGAGAGAGAUGUGAGGAGGGAGUUGACUGCAAAUGGUGGCUCGGUGGUAGGGGUGGUUAGGGGAGACAUGGCAAAGACUAUUGGGGCAGUUGCAGCCAGUUUGGCCAAGGCACCCCCACAUCCUCUGACGCCAGGACCCACACGCCGUGUGUGGGCUCCCUCAUGCCCCAGAUCCCUCACCUUGCCUAGCUCUCCACGUGCCUGUAUGAGCACAGCCAUCCAGACCUCCCCGAGCCUGCAGAAGCCCUUGCCAUUCUCUGUGCUCCAAACCCGCAGCCAUAGUCUUGGGGACUUUGUGGAUGGGGAAGUCCAGGAAGAUUGGCUGGGUAAAAAGACACUCUCCCAGAACCAUGUGCUUAACUCAGGGGCUGCUCAGGAUGACUCAUUCAGUUACUUUCCAAAACAUCUUGAAGAUGAUGGGCUUUUAGCUGAAGCCCAUGGCACGUGCCCACUGAACUCCAGCCCAGGUCAAAUAGUAGAGUGGCACUCUUCCUGCUCUCCAACAUCUACUAUGAGAGCCUCUAAUGGACCUGACCUUCUUGCUUCAUCACCCCUCAAAAGCCAUGCACUGAGAGAGCCUAACAAACUACAGCCAACCUGUACCACAGCUCCUGAGUUUGGACAAUCCAGUGCUCUUAUUUCUGAGACUAGAAAACGUAGCUCAGAUCAGAGUGGGCCAUUGGACAUUGCUGUUCCACAUGCUGGAGUGAAUGGAACUUCCAUUUCCACAGCUAUAUCAACCACGACUUACAUUUCAGAAACUGGAUUGACAAGCAUCCCUCUUCCUCAAUCUGAGCCAUCCUCUUCCUCAAAUGCUGAAACGCCAGUAUCCAUCUCCUCUCCCUGCAAAACUUCCCAAACUUGUACCUCAGUCCAUCACACUGUGCCCCCAAAUACUUUGCCAUCUAGAAUAAGCCCUCUGUAUCUCCCAACAGUUCCAAUGGCAGUACCUUUUAGCUUCCCUGCAAGGCCUACAUUUACCACUCAGGACACAGGGAGGGGUGAGGAACAGGAAAGAGGGAAGAGAAGAGAACUUCCUUUGCCUCCUCCACCUCCACCCCCUCCACCUUACACCCCACGCCGAGAUGGGCACAGCCCCCAAGGACUAAACAACAGACCAACCACAACCAACUGUGGUAGUGAACAUGAGAAGAAGCCAAAAGCACCAGCAUAUUUUUCAGAAGGUGCACACAUGCACCCAAAAGAGGCCAGGUACCCUCUAGGACAGGAUCCCAAAGCUUCCCCAGCUGGGCCAGCCCAAGGUACACCUUACCACCGCCAACCCACGUUUGGGGAUGUCUGCACAUCCUGUGCUAAGACCUACGUUAGAUCUCCCAGUACAACGAAUGACUUGCGCUGGCAGCUUAUGGGCCAACUGGCUCCCUCGGGCCCCUGGAUGCCGACACUCAACCGCAUUAGUGACACCCCUUUGACCCCUGACCAGGCCGAGACACUGAAGCAUGUGCAGGAGUUGCUGGGAGGGUUGAUGUCAGGUGCAUGCAGCAAAUUGCAGCUGUCCGAGGCCCGAGAGAAACUGCUCGGGCCCCAAGGGGCCCUCCACAAUGUCAGGGGCCUGCAGACACAACUGCAGAGCUUGGAAGGAAUUCUGGAGAUGAGUCAGAACACUAUCAAGGUUCUGCUGGAUGUCAUCCAGGAUCUGGAGAAGAAAGAGGCAGAGAGAGAUGGGAGCAGUCCAGAUGGAUCCUGCCAAAACCAUCGUGGCAUCCGUGGACCAAGAAGGAGCUGCAAAGAAUUCUGGAUUUUGCCAGUUUUUAUUGGCAAUUUAUCUGUAAUUUUAGUUCUCUCGCAACUUACGGUUCUCAUCCAUUCUCCCCACUGGCUGAAUGUCUUGAACCAUAAAGUCCAAGCCACCUUCAGCGGCAGAAACAGCACAGUGGUACACCACUCAAGUUACAACCAUGUGCCUUCUACUCCCCUAAGUUAUCCAACACAAACAAAAUUAUGAUGUGCUGGCCAUUACGUAGCUUGAGGGUAUAAAACACGCUUUACAGGUUCUCACCAACAUUUAUACCACCAAAUGCCAUCGUUUGGUGGGCCACGUUUUUGCAUGAUUUACAUUUAAAGUUACUUAUUGGCCAGAAGAAAAAGAUUCCAAAAUGGAGGACUUCUUGCAGAGAAUUGUAUCAGACAAGCCCCCUACAUCAAGUGACAUCAUCGUCCUACAGGCCUGCUUCAAAGCCUGUAGUCAGAUACCUGGGGUCAGAUAUCAGCAACUAUGUUUCCUUCUUCAUCCUACCUCAUUCCUCCUCUCUGUACCCAAUCCAAGGCCACCUGUGCACUGCUGACUGGCAGAUUCCAGCCCUUCCCCAAACCUCAGUGCCCUUAGUCACAUUUGGUAUCUCGGGGCUAACAGUAAUCUUUGUUGCCAUCACCAGGUUCUCAAAAAUGUGGCAACUAAUUCCUCAGUUAAGUUACCCUCUGCUCUUCAAUUAGCAGAGAUUAUCUCUACCUAUCUCUUCAUGCUCCAGACUGCUUGAUUUCUCUUGAAUAGUUUGUUCCAUCUUUUGGUGUUCCCAGCUUUUACUGCUGCCCCAAUACAAAACAAGAUAAAGGACAGUUGCUACCACUAUAGACUGGUAAAAAGUCUGUAGCAUCCCACAUAUAACAGAAGACCUAAGCCUUUUCAGGAAAUACAAUUGGCUCUGCUCCUUCUGGUUCAGAGUGUCUGGAUCUGUGCCCCACCCCAGUUUACUGUCCAGAUGUACCCCUACAUGUAGGUACUUGUUGGUUUGAACAACUUCAACUCCUUAGUCUUGGUGAUGUUUAAGUGGAGGUCAUUCUGCUGAUCCCACUUGACAAAGGCAUCCACCAGCUUCCUGUUUUCUGUAUUUUCCCUCUCACUAAUAUACCCCACAAUAUCAGCGUCAUCUGAAAAAUUCUGUAGAUGAAAAGCCGUGUUUAAGAGGAAAAACAGGAAUGGAGCAAGGACUGUUCCCUGUGGGACACCUAUGCUCCACCCAGUUAGUCUCUGCAGACCUUGAGAACUCCGGUGCUGAUUCCACCAGGGUCAGCUGCCUUCUCCAUAUGAAAUCUCCUCAGCUGUGUCUUAACCUGGUCAAUUGUGAUGGAAAAGGGUGGUGAAGAGGGGGAUGUAGUCAGAGAUAGCUCCUGAGAAGAGGUGAGCAACUUGUAGUGUGUCACCAUCUUUUACCUAAAGAAUGGCCUUUGGGCUUAGCGAUGAGCUAUUUCAAACUAAAAACUGCUUAUUUUUGAAUUAACAGUCAUAGCUUGGGUUAUAUCUAAGCAACAUGUUUAAUCAAUAGCUGAAGAAAUGAGUUUAUGGUUUUUAAACAUGAAGAUAAUGUGUUUAAAUACAAACAUGUAAGCCAAAUAUAAGCCAAACAGGUUGUCAGACGCUUAACUGUAAAGUGCACACAUGGUGCGAGAGUUACACAGGCUAAGAACGCACAAAAUGACAUGGGCAAACAUAUGGAUGACAACAGGUAAAUGCAACCAUUAACGACAACAUUAAUACAACAAGGGCUAUUUACAAUUGCAUGCUGGAACAUGCACCCCGCCGGUGCUACAAUAUUUAUAUUUUAUUUAUUUUAGCAGACACUUUUAUUAAAAGCAACCUACAUUUUUAAGAAAUCAGGGACAGCCGGUCCCUAGAGCAAUUGGGGGUUAAGAGCUUUGCUCAGGAGCUCAACAGUGACAUCACUCUGCCAAGGCUGGAAUUCCAACCAGCCAUCUGCUGUUCGCAGACAUUGAAUCCUAACCCAUUGAGCCACACGCAAUCGCCAAACAAAAAGUAAUUCAAUUUCAAAGGCAUUAUGACCCUUAAUUUUAUUUGGUACUUUUAACAAUACAAAGUAUUAUUAAUCCUACAAGAAUUGAAUGUUUUCAAAGUAACACAAGCAAAUAAUCCAAUGAGUCUACAGAGCUAGCUGCAAAAAACACAAAAUUAUUUAAUGUGUAAAGGGAAACAGUCUGAUAAAUGAUGGUGGCAUAUUCCAGACACAGAUAGAUUGCGUUGGCAAAGAGGAAAAGCCCCCCCAGAAGUACAGUUGGGGACUCAACAGGAUAGUCGCUAAAUCCCACAAAAGUACAGUCUCACAAUUUUUUUUGAAUUUUCAUUAAAUAAAUUAUGACAAAGUGGAAUCUGCUAUUCAAUUUAAUCCCAAGGUGCUUUACAUGCGUGUGUUGUAAUACAUUCUUACAUCAUUUAUACAGAAUAAUUCAAAAACAAGGAAAAGUGAAGACAAAGGAAUGAAAACUCAUUCUAAAUGCCCAUUCUAAAUGCUUAGGCAUCAAUAUGGAGUUAGUCCCACCUUUGGCAAUUGAUAUCGAAUCAAUACCAGCUGCUACUCUUCUCAGAGGGAUUUCCACAAGAUUUUGGAGUGUUUUUGUGGGAAUUUUCGCCGAUUCAUCCAGAAGAACGUUUGUGAGGUCCGGCACUGAUGUUGGACGUGAAGGUCAGUCUUCAUUCUAGUUCAUCCCAAAGGUGUUCGAUGGGGUUGAGGUCAGGGAUCUGUGCAAGCCAGUCAAGUUCUUCCACAUCAAACUGACCUAACCAUGUCUUUCUGGACCUUGCUUUGUGCACUGGAACAGAAAAGUUCCUUCCUUCCCCAAAUUAUCACCAGAAAGUUGGAAGCAUGGAAAUGUCCAAAAUGUCUUGGUAUGCUGAAGCAUUAAGAGUUCCAAGACCUAAGGGGUCUAACCCAAGCCCAGAAUUAGAACCCCAUGCCAUUAUCCCUCCUUCACCAAACUUUACAGUUGGCACAAUGCAGUCAGGCAGGUAAUGUUCUACUAGCAUCUGCCAAACCCAGACUCAUCCAUCAGAUUGCCAGACAGAGAAGUGUGAUUCGUCACUCAACAGAACAAGUUUCCACUGCUCCAGAGUCCAAUGGCAGCAUGUUUUACACCACUCCAUCUGAUGCUUGGCAUUGCACUUCAUGAUGUGAGGCUUGAACGCAGCUGCUCAGUCAUGGAAGCCCAUUCCAUGAAACUCCCAGCUCUCAGUUUUUGUGUUGGGGUUAAUGCCAGAGGAAGUUGGAACUCUAUAGUUACUGAGUCAACAGAUUGUUGGCAACAUUUACACACAUGCAUUAGCACUUGGUGAUCCUGCUGUUACUUUGUGUGGUCUGCCGCUUUGUGACUGAGUUACUGUUGUUCCGAAAUGCUUCCACUUUGUAAUAAAACCACUUAAGCUUGACAGUAGAAUGUCUAGCAGGGAAGAAAUUUCAUGAACUGACUUAUUGCAAAAGGUGGCAUGUGAUAACAGUACCACACUUGAAUUCACUGAGUUCUUCAGAAUGACCUGUUCUGUCGCAAAUGUUUGUAAACUUUACUGCAUGGCUAUGUGAUUGAUUUUAUGCACCCGUGGCAAUAGGUCUGAAUGAAACACUAAAUUCCGUGAUUAAAAGGUAUGUCCCAAAACUUUUGUUCACAUAGUACAGAAAACACAAUUGCACUAUAUAUUAUACUUCGUUUUUCCACAUAACUAUCUAUUAGUGUAUAACUGAAAAACAUUAAACAUUUAUAGGUUUGUAUAUGAACAUGGAAUUCAUAUAUUUGGCUUACGCUGCACUUCAGUUGUGAAAAAUUGCCUCCAGCUACUGCAAGUGUUUAUUAUCUGUAUUUUCUUUCCUUAUUUUUGCAGUACUCUGGUAGUUAUACAUUUGAAGGUCCUCUUAUUCAAACAAUUUAGGAAAGGAAACAAAUACUAAAUUUCUUGUGGCAAAUACCCACCUGGCUGCCCUGCUCUGACUUGGCUGUAAUAGGGGCAGUAAUGACUGCAACGAAAAUAUAUCUGCAUAAUGAAAGCAAGGUCCAGAACGUAGAAAUCCAGAUCAGGAUUUUGUUUCAACCAACCGGUGGAGUACUCUGUACAGUAACUGUGACUCUUUAUGCUCAACUGGUUGGUUGAAACGAAAUCACGGUCUGGAUUUGUGCUUCCUGGACCUGAAAUUUCCACCUCUGAUGAUAGGUCUCUGAGAAUUCCAGGAGUUCUUUGCUGCCUUUGACAUGAAUUUUUAGUCUCUAUAUUCAAUAUAAUGUAUAUAAGCCUGGGCGGGAAAAUAUAAUAACUCACUACAAUUAGUGUGCACACAGGACACCUGAGAGCAGAAGGGAAAAUGCGCAAUGAGUCUCUUUCACCGAACAAUUAAUUGACCAAACAAAUUAUGGCGUGUGGCAGGAAAAUGUUGGGGGACAGCAAGAAAAACAUGGCUUAUGAGUACGCACCGGCUGAAGGCAGAGAAUGAACAAUUCCGCAGUUUUCUAGAAGGAAUGCUAAGGAAACAUGUUUCUCGUGACUUUCGGGAAGGUGGCCCUAGUUUAGACAGAGGCUGAUUGCAGGAAUACGGAGGGAGUGCUUGGCAUACAGUGCUCCUCAAGGAGACGAGACUUACUGAGAACGGAUGGCUUUACUGAAACAGCCCUGUAUGGCUGGCAAUUGCCGAUGCACUGAGUGGCACUGAAGAAGCAAGACAGCACACAUACUUACAGUAUUGGAGUGCUGGGCAGACCAAGGCAUUGCAGCGGUGGAGAAUGAAGACGACAGAGAGUCCGAUUAACACGAAGCUGUUCUGUAAUAACAAGCCCUUAAAAGGGCCACGCAGAUAGCAACAGUUACACGGAGACAAUGAAUGGCAGGGAAACAUGGGGAAGUUACACUAAGGGCGGUGAGGCGCACACACAAUGGGUAAUUGCACAAUGGCUAAGACACCCGAGGAUCAGGUAAGGACCGAGUAUAAGCACAAUUAAGGCACACAUGACAACCAGACAUACAGCGCAACAAGCAUCUACAGUAAGAAAUACAAACAGGCUAUAUAUAAGACAUACAUGGGGCUAUAUACACACAUACAGUACAGUAUAUACACAUGCCGAGACAGGCAUAUACCACUGCGGGCGCUACAGUAUGUACCCGCAGAAAUAUACACCCAUACAAAUGGGCACGAACAAGGCACACGUGCACUUAUACACUGCCCGGCCAAAAAGAAGUCCCCAUUUCAAUUUAUAUCAGCAAAUACUUAACCAAUGACGGGAUCAUUAUUACAGCCCAGAAACGUUAUGCAGCAAUAAAGUGCAGUCAGCUGAUUGCCUGAAUCUACUGGCCAGGUUUCACCUCCAUCCAUCAUCAACCAUUCUUCCCUGUUGGCAUGGGCAUAUUCCAGGACAAGGAUGCCAAGAUUCAUUGGGUUCGAAUUACCAAAGAGUGGUUCAGGGAGCGUGAGGAAUCAUUUUCACGUAUGACUUGGUCACCAGAGAGUUGUGACCUUUUCGUCAUUGAAGGUCUUUGGGAUGCGCUGAAGGGUGGUUCAACUCACUUGUCAAUGCAGGAUCUCGGCGAGAAAUUAAUGCACAAUCUGGAUGAGAAUACAGGGUGAGAUGUUGCAUAAUCCUGUGGAAACAACGUCAUGACCAAUGUGCGCCAUGAUCAAAGCUAAAGACGGUCCAACGAAAAAUUCAACUGGCGACUUUUUUUCUUGGCUUGGCUGAGACUAAUACGCAUCCAUAACUGCAUUUUUAACCUGCCACAGAGAAGCACAGCCAUGGUCACAUCUUCUCAUUAGAACUACCUAUUCAGCAGUCAGUUCGUAUGCUAGUGUUUUUCCUCACCUUGUGUCAUUUCUGUCUCACAGCUAUUUUUGUUUGGGUACAACGCCUUAAUGGGACAGUCUCUGUGUUACUCAAUAUAAGAUAAAUUUAUCCUCAUCAAAUGAUAGCUUUUCAUCCCAGUUGUGUCUGAGUGAAUUAGCAACGCACUCCCAGGCUCAUAUAAUCUCUGUGUGACACCCCCCUGAAGCCCUUUGCAUCUCCAUGCUUUGUUUGUUUGCUUUUCGCCCGUCCCCCAAACAGUGGGUGCUGUUCCUGUCUUACAGGUGACUGGUGGCCUUGUCAGCCAGCAUAGGUGGAGCUAAAUCUGAUGUACGAAAAGCCUG